AAGAUAAUGCUAUAAUUAGAUGUAAUUGAAAUGGCUCUGUCCUCCUCAUAUUGAGUUCAACUACUUCUAAAAGAAAUUUAAGAAAAGAUGUGGAGGUUGAAGAUAGGAGAAGGAUGUAAUGAUCCAUAUUUAUUCAGCACAAACAAUUUUGUAGGAAGACAGACAUGGGAGUAUGAUCCUGAAGCUGGUACUGAAGAAGAGAGAGCUCAAGUUGAAGAAGCUCGUCGUAAUUUCUAUGAAAACCGCUUCAAAGUAAAGCCAUGCAGUGAUCUCCUUUGGCGUUUUCAGGCGCUCAGAGAAAACAACUUCAAACAAACAUUAGAGCGUGUGGUGAUAGAAGAGAAAGAAGAGAUAACAUAUGAGAAAGUUACAAGCACUAUAAAAAGAGGAGCAAAUCAUCUAGCAGCAUUGCAGUCCUCUGAUGGCCAUUGGCCUGCUCAAAUUGCAGGUCCCUUGUUUUAUCUUCCUCCUUUAGUUUUUUGUCUGUACAUUACAGGACAUCUUGAUUCGGUUUUUUCACAAGAGCAUCGCAAAGAAAUUCUUCGAUACAUAUAUUCUCAUCAGAAUGAAGAUGGAGGGUGGGGACUUCACAUAGAGGGUCAGAGCACUAUGUUUUGUACCACACUCAACUAUAUAUGUUUGCGAAUUUUUGGACAAAGCCCAGAUGAUGGUCAAAAAAAUGUUUGUGCUAGAGCAAAACAUUGGAUUCGCCAACACAAUGGAGUAACACAUAUACCUUCGUGGGGGAAAAUUUGGCUUUCGAUACUUGGUAUUUUUGAAUGGUGCGGAACCAACCCAAUGCCACCUGAAUUUUGGAUCCUUCCUUCAUUUCUUCCUGUCAAUCCAGCUAAAAUGUGGUGUUAUUGCCGAUCGGUGUACAUGCCUAUGUCUUACUUGUAUGGAAAGAGGUUUGUGGGUCCAAUCACACCACUCAUCUUACAGUUGAGAGAAGAACUCCAUACUCAACCAUACAAAAAAAUUAAUUGGAGGAAAGCACGUCAUUUAUGUUCAUCGGAAGAUCUUUAUUAUCCACAUCCAUUCAUACAAGAUUUGAUGUGGGAUAGCUUGUACUUAUUCAUUGAGCCGCUUCUAACUCGAUGGCCUUUCAAUAACUUAGUAAGAAAGAAAGCACUUGAAGUUACAAUGAAGCAUAUUCAUUACGAAGAUGAGAAUAGUCGAUACCUAACUCUUGGAUGUGUGGAAAAGGUUCUAUGUAUGCUUUCUUGUUGGGUGGAAGAUCCAAAUGGAGAUGCUUUCAAAAAGCAUCUAGCAAGGAUAUCAGACUACUUGUGGAUUUCAGAAGAUGGAAUGACUAUGCAGAGUUUUGGUAGUCAAGAAUGGGAUGUUGGAUUGGCCAUUCAAACUUUGCUUGCCACAAAUCUAGUGGAAGAAAUCGGACCGACACUUGCCAAGGGACGUGACUUCAUUAAGAAAUCGCAGAUUACGGAGAAUCCUUCUGGAGAUUUUAAGAGUAUGCAUCGUCAUAUUUCUAAAGGUUCAUGGACUUUCUCUGAUAAAGACCACGGAUGGCAAACUUCUGAUGGAACUGCAGAAGGUUUAAAGUGUUGUCUACUUUUAUCAAUGUUACCUUCAAAGAUUGUGGGGGAAAAGAUGGAAACCGAAAGGUUAAUUGAUUCUGUCAAUCUCUUGAUGUCACUUCAGGGUAAAAAUGGGGGUUUGGCAGUCUGGGAGCCAACAGGAGGUCAAGAAUGGUUAGAGCAACUCAAUCCCAUUGAAUUUUUAGCGGAUAUUGUAAUUGAACAUGAAUAUGUUGAAUGCACUGGAACCGCAAUUCAAGCUUUAGUUCUAUUCAAGAAGCUACAUCCAUCGUAUAGGAAGAACGAAAUAGAAAAUUUCAUUAUCAAUGCAGUCCGAUUUCUUGAAGAUGCACAAAAAGAAGAUGGUUCAUGGUAUGGAAACUGGGGAAUUUGCUUUACAUAUGGAUCUUGGUUUGCUCUUGGUGGUUUAGCAGCUGCUGGAAAUACUUACACCAAUUGUGCUUCUAUUCGCAAAGGUGUUGAAUUUCUUCUCGCAAUGCAGGGAAAAGAUGGUGGAUGGGGGGAGAGCCAUCUUUCAUGCCCAAAAAAGAUGUAUGUACCUCUUGAAGGAAGUCGAUCAAAUGUCGUACAGACUGCAUGGGCUCUUAUGGGUUUAAUUCAUGGUGGUCAGGCAGAGAGAGACCCUAAUCCUCUUCACAAUGCUGCAAAAUUGCUCAUCAAUUCCCAGUUAGAAAAUGGUGAUUGGCCUCAACAGGAAAUAACAGGAGUAGUCUUGAGAAAUUGUAUGUUGCACUACCCAAUGUAUAGGGAUAUUUAUCCAUUAUGGGCUCUAGCUGAAUACCGUAGACAUGUUCCAUUACCUUCCGUUGCAUUUUAACUGAUAAGUUAUUUUGUGGACACAAAAAUGACAAAUCCAAACAAAUAAACCAAGAAUUAGUCAAAUAAAAUCCAUCAAUUUAUUCGGUCAA